AUGAGUGAUCCUGGAAGAUCAACGUUUUCUGCUAGUAAACCCCUAGAAGAAGGGGGUGGAGGAAAACUACCACCAAUUUCAUUUUUUUCGUCUUCUUUACCACCUCUUAAAACUGAUAUUCCGGAAUUAUCGUUUUACGGAAGCACCUCUUACGCUUCGCCUAAUAAGAGCUUUCCUUCGCCGCAAAUGAUGUGUUCUCCUGUUAUGUCUAACGUAUCGAUAGGCUAUCCUACAAGUGUGAAUAGUAUUCCGUCUCGAAGCUACAGCGUGCAUGACGACUCGGAGAGUAAUAUGCAGAAAAAACCUAUUAAUUCUACUAAUAAUCAACCCUCAUCUAGUAACGUCUCGUUACUUCCCAAUCAAAAUGCCCGACUGUCCAAUAUGACCAAAGAACCUAUGCGUGAUUUUGAAAGCGUUCCUAAUUCCCCUCAUUUGUUCACUGCUUCCUCGUUACCUUCACCGAAGUCGGUACCAAAUUUAGGUGAUGCUUCACUCGCGCGAUCGAUGAUUGGCGAUCAUGAUUAUCAACGAAGUAACCGUUCAGACGAAGCACUUUUUAAAAACUAUGGAGAUUCGCAAGAAGUUGAAGGGCUUAUUCAACUAAAGCCUGUUAAUUCUUCUCAGUCUCUAACGAAUGAGGAUGAGGCGAACAAAAAGAAUGUUCAAAUCAUAACAGAAUCUCCUCCUGUAUCGAAAACUGUAAAUGUUAACUCUAAAGAUUCGAGCAAAACUCCCAAAAACAACUCUGGCGCUCGUAAAACUGAACCAAAGGCGAAAGCCUCGCCUCGAAAGCAAAAAAAUGCAUCGCCGGUUUUGCUCAAUUUAGAUGAUUUUCAACAAGUUAUUCGAUCCAAAGAGAAGAAGUCGAGUUUGCUCGUCAAUCUGCUCACAACCACUGACGAUUAUGCAAGCCUUGUAAAUGAUCCAUACAAAGUCAGUCCGUUGGAAUCUACGAGUCAUGAGCUACCUCAAAAUUCUAAUGUAAAUAAAGCUCCCGAUAACUCUAAGAAAUUGCCUGUCAAAACAAGCAAUGAUUUUCAUGCCAUUAUUGAGCAUAAACCUCUACCUCCAAUUGCACCUCGUAGGUCCGCACCUUCUCCUGCUCUGCACUCUGGAAAUCUCGCGCCUUAUUCUCAACCUUCAGCAAAUCAUAAUGGUCCACUCGAUCAUUCUAAUAAAAUGCUUCAUGGAGCAACAAAUAGAAGUUUUAAUAAUUCUUCUCGGAUAUCACCGACUAUCCGCGAUGUUAUUCAGGACAUGCCUGUUUCUGAUCCUUAUGGAAUGACACGAGCACGUGUGCCAUCCCAGCCUUCAGUUCCGAGAACUGACAAUUAUUCUCAACAGUCUUUGCUAUUGAGCAAUGCAGCUGUUAUGAAGCAUAAUAAUCUAGAUGAUACUCAUCUGAAUGUGUCACCUGGAAGUUCCGAGAGUCUGCAUCAUGAAAUGUUGUGGUCUCAUCAUAUGCAUAAUGCCCAGCAGCCCGUAAUGGAAAAGAGUUUCGAUGCAAGGGUCCAUUCGGAUUAUCAGAUGCCCAACUUGAACUACCCCCCGGAAGAUAUUUUGUAUGCUGACCACAGUACGAAAAAUGCUGUUGGUUUACCCUACUUGCCGGAUCGUCUCAAUAAGAUAUUACCCAGGAUGAGUGAUGUUCGAGAUGAGACGGCUCAAGGUCCUAGGAAAGAUACUAACAUUUAUAAAACAAUCAUUGAUUAUCUUGUAAAAGAAAAUGAAGAAUAUCGCACAGAGGUGGGUAGGUUACAAUCAAAGUUGAACGGGCUACAAGGAGAAAUAACUACUCUCAUGAGGGAGUUAUCCAAAAUGAUCAAUGCCUCCGAUGAUUCUGAUUCGAGUCAGGAGACAAUAGUUGAUGAACAGAAACGGAGAAAAAAAACUGGUACUAGGAGGAAACGGAAAGAAAAGCUCGGCAGUACCGAAGCUAGUCGUUCUCUUUCACCUGAUUCUGUUUUCUCUCCUGCUGAUAUAAAAACUCGCGGUCCUAGGAGGAAAGGAAGGCCUCUGCUGAGAAAAAAACAAUCACCAGUUCUGGAUUAUGAAGUCGAUACUGAGGACAUGAAGUCUAUGGUUGAGUUUCAUAAGAUUGAGGAACCUGUUGUUGUCGAGUCGAAGAUCAAAAGGACAAGACAACGAAGGAAAAAUUCAGAUGAUGCUCCGGGCGCUGAGCCUAAGCGUCGACGAAUCACAUCAAAGCAACGUGAUAGCUCUGCAGAAGACAGUGGUAUUAUCAGCAAAAUUGGUGAAAUACUGGCUGGAGUAGAACACGAAAGGGAUAAGUCACCAGAAUUAGGUGAAGAUCAACCGAAAACUAGACGAUCUAGUCGUCGUACAGUUCGUAAUCGUUUCCUUAGUCCCGUUGACGAUGUUUUGGCUUUCGAUAAGCCUGCCGUUCCAUUUCCUGUUCGAACGAGCGAGUUUGAACCAACACCAGGUUUGGAAGAACCUGCAGAAAUAAGCCUCACAAGUUCCGUACCUGAGUCGCCAGAACUUUCUCAAACCGGGUGCUGCUAG